AUGAUUGGCGACCAUCAGCAGUUGAGGCCGAAAGUGAAUGUCUAUGAACUGACCAAGAAGAAUCACUUCGACAUCUCCCUCUUUGAAAGGCUUAUUAACGUUGGUGUUCCCUUUGCAAGGUUGAACACGCAGCUGAGAAUGCGGCCAGAGGUGAGUCAGUUGGUGAAGCACUUCUACGUGGACGGCUUGACGGACCAUGACAGGGUGAAGGCAUAUGACCGAGUCGGAGGCGUGGCGACUGAUGUGUAUUUCGUGGAUCAUCGGGAGAAGGAGCAAGCCUUUGAGGGGACCUCGAAACGCAACGACUUUGAGGCUAGGUUUGCCGCAAGGUUGGCGUCGUACUUGGUCCGAACACAGCAGUACAACGCUGAGGAUAUCACGUUGCUCACUCCGUAUAUUGGGCAGAAGAGGCUCAUUAGGAGUCACCUCGAUGGAGAUCUGAAGAGGAGCGCUGAUGGUGUGAAGGCGGGCGCCCGUGUGGUGACCAUUGACGACUACCAAGGGGAGGAGAAUAAGGUUGUUAUACUAUCUCUGGUGAGGUCUAAUAAGGCCCGGAAGGUGGGCUUCACUGGCAUUGAAAACCGCGUUAUUGUGGCGAUGUCGCGAGCGAAGGAAGGUCUGUAUAUACUGGGAAACGCGGAGAUGUUCGAGAACGAGGCCAACUGGGAAGUCAUCAUAGCUCGGCUGAGGGCUCAGGCGCGAAUCGGGCCGGCGUUGACACUGCAGUGUCGAGUGCAUCCACAGCAGUUUGAACAAGUUGCCAGGGCGGAGGAUUUCCUACAUGUGAAGGAUGGUGGCUGUCGGCUCCCCUGUCGUCGCUUGCUGGACCGCUGUGGUCAUAGGUGUCCGCUCAACUGCCAUGUGUUUGACCACGCUCAAGUGUGCUGUGAUAAGCCUUGUGAUAGGGCAAGGCCGGAAGGGUGUGGCCAUAGAUGUAGCCAUCUCUGUUGGGAGUGCACUAGGGCCGGCUCGACCCCGGAGGACCCCUGCCCGACCCCUUGCUCGUCUCCGGUGCUUGUGAGGUUGAGCUGUGGCCACACGAAGAAUGUGAGGUGUCACUAUCGCGAGGAUGAGGUCGAGUUGAGAUGCCAUAAAGCGGUGACGGUGGAGCUCCCAUGUGGGCAUCCUUUGACCACCUCCUGCUAUAAGUCUCGGAGGCCCGUCACGGAGUUGCUGUGUGAGUUCACUAAGAAAGUCCGAGUCGAAGCUUGUGGCCAUGAAGUUACUCAGAAGUGCCAUGAUGUUCCUAGAUGUGGUCAACGGUGCGAACAGGAGCUCACCUGUGGUCACGUGUGCCCGAAAAGGUGUUAUCCUCGACAUUCCCAUGAAGGGGUCCAGUGUGAGGAAGCCUGUGAGGAGACGCUGGCUUGUGGUCACUACUGUGAAGAGAAGUGUGGGCAACCUCAUACGCGUCUGUGUAAGGAGGAAUGUGGCCUCCAGUGUCUGCAUGGGUAUACCUGUGGCAAGCCAU